AUGCGGAACAACACACCCUCAGGGUUUCAACAAACUCCACAUCAACCACCACCCCCAGCCGAAAAGAAGUCAAACCUUGAGGAGCUAAUGACCAAAUUCAUUCAAACCUCAGAAUCUCGGUUCCAAUCCACUGAGACAGCACUAAGAAAUCAACAAGCCUCUAUCCAUAAUCUAGAAAUUCAGUUGGGUCAAAUUUCUAGACUCCUCUCAGAAAGACCCCAAGGAAGCUUGCCUGGCAAUACUGAGACUAAUCCUAGGGAGCAGGUCAAUGCAGUAACAUUAAGGAGUGACAGAAUAUUACAAGAGAAGGGGAAGCAAGAAACAGAAAAAGAUGUAGUUGAAGGGGAGGAUAAGUGUCAAGAGGAGCCUGUGAAAAAGCCCCCUGUAGUGAAAGAAUUCAUACCUCCACUUCCCUACCCAGCAAGAUUGAAGAAAGACAAGGAUGAUGAACAAUUUGGUAAAUUUCUGUCCUUAUUUCGUCAACUUUAUAUUAAUUUACCGUUUGUUGAUGCCUUGGCACAGAUGCCUAAGUACGCCAAAUUUCUGAAGGAUCUAUUGUCCAACAAGAAGAAAUUGGAGGAGUUGGCCACAGUAACACUUAAUGAAGAAUGUUCAGCAAUCCUACAGAACAAGAUGCCUGAGAAAUUAAAGGAUCCAGGGAGUUUUACUCUUCCUUGUCUCAUUGGUAGAUUGAUAGUUGAUAGGGCUUUAGCUGAUUUAGGUGCUAGCAUUAAUUUGAUGCCAUAUUCAAUUUUUAAGAAAUUAGGUUUAGGGGAACCUAAGCCAACUAGGAUGAGUAUUCAAUUAGCUGAUAGGUCAAUUAAAUAUCCUAGGGGUAUCAUUGAGGAUGUGCUUGUAAAAGUGGACAAAUUUAUUUUUCCUGUUGAUUUUGUGAUUCUUGAUAUGGACGAGGACACUGAUGUCCCCUUGAUCUUAGGUCGUCCAUUUUUAGCUACUGCAGGGGCUAUAAUUGAUGUGAGGGAUGGAGAGUUAAUUUUGAGGGUUGGAGAUGAAAAAGUCACUUUCAAAAUUCCUGAUGAAUUCUUGAUUUCAAACCCAUUGGAAAGAAGCUUAGUUCAUGAUAGAGGAAAAGAUGAUAUGAGCUUGGUAACUCAAGAACAGUGGUGUCAUUUAGAAGCCACUAAGCCAUUAUGGAGAAAGAGAGACUUCAAAGUUUUGGAGUGGAAAUCAGAGAAGCAACCCAACCCAUCCAUUAAUGAACCACCAGAUAAAAAAUUGAAGGUGGCAAAGAAAGAAGAAAUGUGGCAUGCAUGUGUAGAGCCAAGUGUUGAAGAAGGAAAGAGUGCCAUGUGUAAUGCCAUGUGUGCCCUUGCAUGCGUUGAAGAAGGAAAGCAUGCUAUGUGGCAUUUAGUGAAACACUAUUCUCCCUCACUGUGA